AUAGAAUCCAUAAUGAAUUUUGAAGAAUAAAUGAAUCUAAUCAAUGGAAAUCCCUUGUUUUAAACUUUAUUUUUGAACAAUCUCCUUUAUAAUCCAUAAAUAUUUUAAUACAUGAUUUCUUAGAUGUAAUAUAUUCCGAGAGUUGAUUUAAGAGGAGAAAACACGAAAACUUAGGAAGACCAGAAUAGUGAUAGAAAAAUACAAAAGUAGGAGAAGCUCACACAAAAUUCAAAAUAACUACUUGUAGGAAGUGAAACAGAUUAACCACCGAAGGGAAAUACGGAUUCUGACGAUGAGGAAAGUUCAUCAAGAGUAAAUGGUCAUUGGAGUAAGCUGGAGCAUCAAUUGUAUCUUUAGUUUGUCAAUGAUCACGAAGAAAUAUUGAGGUCCAAGUAUGAUAAGAAAUCAAAAAAAAUCUUUAAAUUGAUGAGCCAAUGUAUUCUCACUAGAACAGCCACUUAAUGUAGAUCACAUCAUUAAAAGUUUAAUCCUCUUCAAAAAAGCAAGAGAAAAGGAAAAAGCUUUGUGCGACCAAUCCCAUCUGUUAUUAUUUAAGAAAAUUGAUUUAUAGCUGUUAACUAUCAUUUAAGAAUUUUUUCA